AUGUCCCUCUUCUCACGGCAACCAAAAGGCUGCGUUCCCAGGCAAACAUUAGGCAGAAAGAGCGAGUAUCCCAAGGUGAAUCAAUGCUCAGACACCCAUCCUGGUUCCGGGGGGACAUUGCACCCAAGUGCACAAGUAGUCAACAGGCUAAGGGUCUUCCUUGGUCCGGUGGAAUUCUGGCUCGUUGCGCUUGUCUUGGGGGUCACUAGUGCAGCAAGUGGGGUCCACAUGUCACCUUAUGACUGGUGCGCCACCCACGUCCACGUGCGAGGGGGCUAUGAUGGUGUUAGAUUUACAAAGAUGUCAACUCAAAUUGAGGAGAAGGUGGACAGCAAUUCGAUCAUCGGAGAAAACUUGCAAGAGUUGCCUCUUUCAUCUGCAUAUGAAACUGCCAUGGAAGUGCUGUCCUCUCUUAUAACUCGCCAGAAGCGUGGAACUAGAUCAGCUGUGGAUGGUAAAUACAAAAAAUUGGAUAGAAUGUUGAUGUACAUUAAG